GGAGCAGAGAGACGCACGAGAGCAGACAGACAGACAGACAGACAGAUCAACACAGUCAGCUGCAGCAUGCUGACCGAGAGCCGCUGGUGUCCCGCGAGCGCGCCCGCGUGCAUGGAGAGACACCUGGAGACCCUGCAGUACAGAACAGAUGGCUGUCUGCUGUUGGGAGCGUCCGGUCUGACGGGUCGGUGCUGGCUCGGUUCCCUCUGGGUGUUCAGCGAUGCUAAGCUGGCUCCUAAUGAGAGUUACUGUAAGGCGGGAGUUCAGACUGAGGCUGGAGUCACUCACGCUGAGUGGCUGACCAACAGAGCCAUCGUCCUCGCCUCAGACUCAGGUGCUGUUGAAUUGUGGGAGUUGGCGGAGGACGAGCGUUUGUUGGUGAACAGGUUCACUCGGCACGAGCACGAUCACGUCGUCACGGCGAUCAGCCCUACGGCCGGCGCCUGCCACGCGGUCAGCAGCAGUAUGGACUGCAGGAUUAAAGUGUGGGAUCUGAGUCAGGAGGCGGUGAUCAGCUCCUAUAACGCUCACUCCAUGCCGGUGAACAGUGUUUGCUGCAGCCCAACAGACGACUCACUCUUCCUCUCCUGUGCUCAGGACGGGCGUUUGUUGCUGUGGGAUCGCAGGAAACCCAAACCUGCGUCUCGAUUAGACGUGGUCUCCCCCAGCUGCUGUCCCACUGCUGUUGCGUGGGACCCUCAUAAGACCACCACAAUCGCAUAUGGUGAUGAGCUGGGCAGGGUGACUGUGAUGGAUUUCCAGGCUGCAGGCAGCGUGCAGACGAUGACCACACACAGACGCAGAGUGACCGGCCUCGCCUUCUCUUCACACAGUUCUCCUCUGUUGGCCUCAGUGAGUGACGACUGCUCCGUCGCCGUGGUGAACGCACAGCUCAGAGAAAUUUACCGGGACGUUCGGCACCAGGACUUUGUGCGAGGGGUGUGUUGGGUUCCCGGCGGCUCAGAUGUUCUGACCACAGCUGGGUGGGACCACCAGGUUCUGCAGCACAGCACGGGCCAGAAAACUACUGCAUAAACGAGCACUCUCCAUACAUGCGUCCACCCAGCGUCCACUGUUAUGCUGUGUUUACAUGUUGGCGAUAGACGGAUGACGCAAACCAGAUAUUCUCUUGUUUCCAAUGGAAAAAUCAACCACUUCCAGCAGCAACGUUCCGCAGAACGCAGCAGGAAUCGGUUCAGUUUUCCCAACUUUUGCUGCCGACUGCAGCAGUAAAAUAACCGCAUGUUGCUGUUUUUCGGACGUCAGGUAUGCCAAACGUCUCGUUAUUAAAGUCCAGAUGACCUCAGUGUUAUACAACAGAAAAUAAACAUCAUACACUGCUAGAGCUCUCAGGGCUGGACAAUACGACAGUAUAUAUCAUUAUCAUGAUCAAUUAUGUCACAAUACCGUUUAUUUCUGAACAUAUCGUGUGUGUUGUCAGUGCUAACUGCAUGUUUCAUUAUAUAGAGAGUAAAGUUAGUUUGUUUAACUGGAUUUAGUGACAAAUACUGAAUAAAAGUCACUGUGUUCACAGCUUUCGAUGGUGUUUUUAAAAUGCAGGCUCUUUUUUCUCUGUUCCAGCUGAUCAGACGUCUGAAAAAAUAAAUAUUGUGACAUCAUGUAUCGUUAAAGUUUCUGAAGUAUCGUGAUAUUAUGUAUUUGCCGUAUCGUCCACCUCUAAGAGCUCUACUCUGAUUAUCAUCCCUUUUUGCCGGGAAUACUGUCCCCAUGCCAGCGAUUGUGUGCCUUGAUUCCGGCCGUAGCUCUGCUCUGAGGCUCGGAACGACAUUUCUAACGCCAUCAUGUAAACACAGCAUUAGAAACAGCUACGUCCACUCACUGUCCACUUCAUCAGCUCCACUAAUAAUAUAGGUGCACUUAGUUAUGGAUUGUAAUUUAUCUGUGAGCCUCUGUUUAUCCCUUUUAUCAGUGGUCAGAACACUUCAAACACUGUGUCCACUCCACAGUUACAGCUCAGUGUCACUGCUGGGCACCCAUAAUAGCCAGCGUCCUGUGGGCAGCGUCCUGUGACCACUGAUGAAGGACUAGAGGAUGACCAACACAGACUGUGCAGCAGCAGACAAGGUAGGAGUGUCUAAUAGAGUGGACAGUGAGUGGACACAGUGUUCACCACUAUUUACAGGGUAAAUAAUGGCUGCAGAGGAACAAAGUGCAUCUGUGUGGUCCGUGGAGCUGAUAAAAUGGACAGUGAGUGACCGGAUAAAGUGGACACGUUGACACGCUGGGAGACGAUAAUCGUCUUACUGGAACCGAAACAAAGUUCUUUGAUAGAAAUCUGUAAAGUGUCUGUAGAGUUACUGUAUCUGGAGGUUCAUCAGUUUCUGUCACUCACAGUGAACUCUCUCCUGAUCUGGGGUCAGCUUUCACCUUUAAAGGGGAAUUCCACCAAAAUUCCUCCUUAAUUUAGUGUGUGAGGUGUAAACAGAGAGAUUCAGAGUGGUUUGGUGUGAAAUGGUUCAGAUGUCUUUACAGUGGUGGUGAUAGGAAC